AUGCACUAUCCCUAGAACCCCUGAGAUGACAUCGCUGUCACAUUUGGAUAAGAAGAUCAACAGCUUCGCUAGCUGUCAUAUAGCGUAUAGUGAGCCUAAAAUAACCGACUGUGUCGUGAUUGCGUUAUGCCCGUUAUUGGGUUAAUGAUGAUAUGAUCGGAUGGAUAUUACGAGUUGUAUAAGUGUUUUAUGAAGAUUAAUGGUCAUUUACUAGUAUAUAAAACCGAAAAUAUAUUACGAGUCAAGUGUUCGAUUGAUUCUUGUUUAAAGACGACUUGAUAAAUCAUGGGAAUAUAUAGAGAAACAAUUGAAGAAUAAAGAACACUACUAUUACGUGUGCAAUUUCAUUGAGUGACAAUGUCCGAGUGUUAAGAAUUGUUUAAUUCCCCCGCAUUAGAUUGUGAUUGACGGAGAUACCUGUUGUUCAGGGUAUUCCAUUCGCUUUAUGACAAUCUUUGAAUGUGCCGAAUACGUUAAACAUGUCAGCAUGAUGGUAUCUUUGUUUUUAAUUUUGCUCGCGGAUGUUUGCCUGUGUGGUGGAUUUAAGAUCGGAUUAAUGAUGCCCAAGCAGACGCCAUAUCCGGGAUUCCCGGACAUAUCAACUUCCGGUGGUGCUGUGGAGCUGGCGCUCGACGAAGCUCGAAAUAAGUAUCAGAAGAAUUUCACGCUAGUGUACAGUGACUCGGGUUGCGACGAGGGUUUGUCUAUAUUGAAGAGCUAUGAACUUGGUACGUUAGAAAAGGUCGACGCCAUUAUAGGACCGGCAUGCGCCAAAUGCAUGGAGCUGGCCUCAAAGUUAAUGUCUGUGCUCAACCCUUCCAUCCCCACCUUCACGUGGCUACCGCGCGUCGAGAAACUUACUCACCCGAAUAACACCACCGUCAUCAGCACGUAUACGUCACUUGAUGACAUCACGCGCGCUCUCGUAAGGCUGAUGAAAAAUUUCAAGUGGACAAAAUUAGCUGUAAUAGCCAACAGAAUGGAGAUCUGUAGCUCUCUGAUAGGGACCAUCAACGACGUGUUCCCAAACGAAGACUUGACUGUCAAACGUAUUUACCUAUUUGAGCAGUUCGGACAUCAGAAUAUAAGUGACACUCUUGAAGAAGUUCGUGACCACGCGAGGGUUAUCCUCAUAUGUAUGCAGCCCGAGUAUCUCAUGGAUCUGCUCAAGGUCGCAAGUGUCGUCGGCUUAACGUCAGAUGAGUUUGUUUUCAUUUAUUGUCGCUUCGGCGCAUCACCGGAAAUGGAACUGAUCGGAUAUCAGCCCUCAAUUGGACCUGAGAAAUUCGAUGAUUUACUUUCACCGUUGCUACAAAUAUCAGCGUUUAAUGAGGAUGCCGCCGUUGUAUCAGACUUUACCUCGUCCGUAAAUAAGAGUGACGAGUUCGCUGUAUCCAUGUACGAGACGGUACUGUUGGCUGCAGAUAUAAUCAACUCUUCAGAUGGGUCGUCGAUGAACGGAAAAUUUGAUUUCUCGCGUCUUAAACGUUCAUUUACAACAAAGUUUGGGACCAGAGCAGUCUCUGUCUCCGGUAAAAUAUUGCGACCAGUUGUGAUAACGCAUUACCAAAAUGGCGACUUCGCAGUUGUUAUGCAAGUAAACGGAAGUCUGAAUGAUAGUUUUCCAGUCAGAUUGGAAGGAUCCCCAAAAUGCGGAUGGCAGGGGGAAAACUGUUUCAAUAGCGACGCUGAAGACAAGAACAACACACCAGUCAUCAUUGGAUGUUGCUUUUCUGUUCUCUUUAUUCUUAUGGUUUCGGUGGCCCUUUACCUCCGGUUCAGAAAGUCCAAAAUGGAAAAGGAAUUACUGAGUAUGGUUUGGAAAGUAAACAACAGCGAGAUAAAGAUGCGGCGACCUCGCCUGAAUACACAAACCAGCAUCCCCGAGCCACGGGCCUCCAACGAUAACCCGAGCCCAAGGAAACGACUCAUGCGAGCUGAAACAAGAGGCACGCUAGGUCUUGGCUCCACGAGCAGCAUCGAUAAGGCACUUCUUUUCGCCACCGUCGGAUGCUAUAAGGGAUCAAUUGUUGCCGUAAAAGAAAUUAAACAACGAUCAAUUCAACUUACACGCGAAACGCUGAAGGAUUUAAAUGCGCUUCGAGAUCUUCACCAUGACAACCUCAAUCCCUUUAUUGGAGUCAGCGUAGAGCCGGGCAACAGCUUCAUCCUGAUGAAAUACUGCUCCAAGGGCAGUCUUCAGGAUGUCCUUGAAAACGAAGAUAUUAAACUCGACCACAUGUUUAAAAUGUCGUUCCUCUUGGAUUUAAGUAGGGGUUUAGAGUUCUUGCACAAAAGUAUUGUCCGUUCUCAUGGCAACAUAAAAUCAAGCAACUGCGUCAUAGACAGCCGGUGGGUGUUGAAGCUAACAGACUACGGGGCGGUGUGCACCCCCGCCGAUGAACACACGCCGGCAGCGUCCUCGGCGGAGUCGGUGUCCGACUUGGACGCAGAAAACGAUGUGUUCGCCAAGUUGCUGUGGACGGCCCCUGAGCUCCUACGUCUGUCACGGCGACCUCCGAAGGGCACACAGAAGGGCGACGUGUUCAGUUUCGCCGUCGUCAUGCAGGAAAUCUUGUUGAGAUGCCCACCAUACUACUUCAACGGCAUCUCCUCCAACAAAGCAAUCAUUAACCGAGUGCGACAAGGAGAAGAUCCGCCCGUCCGGCCCAGGAUACCAGAAGGAGCAGACGCCCCGGAAAGGCUCUUGCUCCUCGUGCGCUUGUGCUGGCAGGAGGUCCCGGAGUUCAGGCCAGAUAUACACGCGGUGCUUAAAUCAAUCAUUGAUAUUAACGGGAAAAGGAAGACAAACAUACUGGACAACAUGAUCACGAUGCUGGAGACGUACAGUAACAACCUGGAGGAGCUUGUUGCCAACAGGACACAGGAGCUGGCACAGGAGAAACAGAAAACCGACACGCUGCUCUACCAGAUGCUGCCUCCGCUUGUAGCGGAGCAGCUCAAGCGCGGAGAACACGUGGUCCCGGAAACAUUCUCGGAGGCGUCCAUUUUCUUCUCAGACAUCGUGGGCUUCACGAACCUCUCCGGCGCCAGUACGCCCUUGCAGGUGAUCGAUCUGCUCAAUGACUUAUACACGACAUUCGACGAGAUCAUAGGCAUGCAUGACGUCUACAAGGUAGAGACAAUAGGCGACGCCUACAUGGUCGCCAGUGGGGUUCCUCGUCACUGUAAUCAUCACGCAGGGGAGAUAGCCAACAUGGCGCUUGACCUACUUAGUGCAGUUACCAGCUUUCGGAUCCGCCAUAUACCGGAAGAGAAGCUGCAGUUGCGCAUUGGGCUACAUACAGGUCACUGCGCAGCCGGGGUGGUCGGUCUUACCAUGCCGAGGUACUGUCUUUUUGGAGAUACCAUUAACAUGGCGUCUAGAAUGGAAUCGACUGGAAAAGCUCUUCACAUCCACGUAAGCAUGGACUUUGCAGAGGCCCUUCGAGCACUUAACCAGGGCUUCCAACUUCUGGAACGAGGCGUCAUAGAGGUCAAGGGCAAGGGUCUGCAGAAGACAUACUGGUUGGUCGGCAAAGAUGGCUUCAACUCAACUCUUCCUAACGAGAUGCAAGUUUUGAAGACCAAAUAUCUGGAACGGAUGACAUCGACUCGCCCCCAUUCCCCUACAGACACGCACAUUUCCACCGGAAGUCAGUUCGAGAGCACGAGCAUGUACGGAAACGCCUUUAGGCGCGCCUCCUUUGCUAUUCGCUUUAUUCGCCAAAUUUCCAGUCAUUCACGUGAAAGCAGUGUUUAUGGCAGUGACAUGAACUUGCAAGACUUGAACGACAAUUACGACGACAACAAUGUUGAGGACGCUGGAACAAUGUUAAAAAUUCCAAUUGACAAUAAACUGAGUAAUAAUUCGAGUAGGCGGCCGCCGGAACUGGCGCCCCCGAAGCUCUACCUGUCGGACGGCACUCAGAGUUGCUCCAGCGAGUCUUCAUGUGGCAACAGGCGGAAACGUAAAAAGUCGAAGAAAAAACGGCAAGAGGAGAGAGAACAGGGCUUCCAGAUUCCAACCAUACAGAUCACCAAAUGACAUUGUUGAGAGCAUAUUUGAGGCAAUAGUUUUAAUGGAUUGAUUCUCAAACAUAUACAAUAAAAUACAUUUAUACAUGUA